UAUCGCCUUUCUCUUGUCCACUCAACUCAUGCGUGUUACCUUGUUGCCAAUUGUUCUUCUUCACUUUAUUUUCUUUUUCUUAUUACUCAACUUUUUAAACUCUUCUAACAUUUAUAUAUGUGUAUGUCAUGGCCUUUCACCAAUCAACAUCUCUAUCAUUCUCUUUAAUUUGUUAUCUUUUCCCCAUGUUCUUUCAUUUGUCUGUUGUUUUGAACUUUGUAUGCAUAGCCAGUUUCAAUAUGACAAGAAUUGGUGGUGAUAGCUCCUCCAUUCACUUGCAGAUGUUUGUUGAACAAGUCUGAUUCGUAUGAUGUUUAAACCAAAAUCAACAAAGGGAAAAAAAGCAAAACAAAGUAUUCAGGAUUGAAAUGGCUUCAACUUUGGAGGAGCUUCUUGAAGAGGAGGGGUUCAAAGAAAGCAGAAGAAUGACAAAGUCUAGAUCCUCCUUCCACCAUGGUGCUUCAAGUGAGCCUCUUUACUCUGUGGAAGGGAGAUUUAGUGUGUCAAGUGAAAGAAUUCGAACACACAGAACAAGCUCUGGUGCCUCACGAUAUCAGAUUACAAGUGGACAAAUAAAAGUUGACUCUCUUACUGCUAAGAACGGGAGGUCAAGGGAUAAUGUUUUUUUGAGAGACAAAAUGGACGAACGGUUGAAGAAUGAAAUUGAGAAGAACUCUUCUACCGAUACAGAUUCCGCUGGCAAAGGAGUUGAUACCAAUUCACCAGAGUACAUGCCAAGGUAUGAGAUCCCUGAGGUGAUUGAGCAAGAAUCUAGCAGAGUUAAAGAUACUUAUUCAAAAGAAGUGUCUGCAAAAAGAGGCAAAGAGACGAAUUUCAAUGAACUUGUGGAAGAGCCUGUCAAGGAUGCAAAGGUGCACAGCAGAAGUUCCAGUAUGCAUAUGCUUAGACACUCUAGUGAAACUAGAAAGAAUAUAAAACCCCAGAAGGACUCAUACUCUACAUCUAAGAGCAAAAGCUUUGAUUAUAGUAGCAGAAAUAAAAAUAGCAAUCAUGCUAUGCAAGAAGCUUCUACUCUAGCUCUUGAUGAAGCAGCUAUCAAAGCAGUAGUUUCCAUUCUUAAUGGAUAUAUAAAACGUUUUCCAAAAGAUGAGGAUUUUCGGUCUUCAUUGCGUCACAAAUGUUUCUCCUCCUUCAACUUUAUUGAACUGGAAGAAGAGAACAAUUCUGAGACCAAAGUCAUAAGAAGUCUUGAGCAAGCAAUUGAGGCCAUUGAAGAAACUGCUGAGGAACCUAUAUCCACCACGUAUCUGAAAAGAACCACGAUGCAGCUUAGCAUAAUUACAGGUUUGAGUUUAAAUGAUUUGAAGUACGAGUGUACGUGUGGAAUCCCAAACUAUAAGUUGUCAGCCUGUGCUCAUCUUUACCUCAGUGUGGUAUACAUGAUGCAGAAAAAAAAUAAGGUGUCAGCAAAGCAUCUCUUGCAAGUGUUUUGUGAUUCACCUUCUCAGGCAAGGACUAUAUUGUUGCCUGAACUGUGGGAGCAUCUAUUUUCUCCACAAUUUUCUCAUUUGAAGGCAUGGUAUAAGAAGGAAGCAGAAGUUCUAGUAGAUGCACCAAGCAAAACAAGAAAGCUAAAAUUUCUUCAAAAAGUAUAUAAUGAACAUCUGGAUUCUGGAACUCGUAUAUUUGCUGUAUACUACAAAGAUUGGCUCACUGAAGGAGUAGAAUCUCCACAUAUUCCUUCAAUUAGCAUUCCUUCGGUUUCUGUCACAGGAAGUCAAGAGGGAAGUUCACUUGGUCAUUCUUUUGAGUCUACUAACUCCGUUGAUUCAUUCUCACCGCAGCCAAUGGUCAGCAAGAAACUGUAUGAUUCUAUGUUUGGUAGCUCAAGUAAACCUAGAGUUUACCAAGUCAAAGAUAUUAAGGAUGAUGAUAACUUAGAAAAGUGUGUGCAUGGCUCUUAUGGUUCAACUAUUGUUAAACAGACAUUAACUUAUGAGUCUGAAACUGUCAAAUUUACAGAUCAAGACAUUGAAGAUUUUGUUGAAGGUGUAGCAAUUGAUACAAUCAAGCCUAAAGGAACUUCAAUGACUCUAGAAGAAUCGCAGAAAAGGAAUCUCAGCGAUGACACUAAUAACUCUUUCUCUAUGCAGACUAAGUUAAGCAGUCACGUUAUCGACGAUUUCUCACAUGAAAAAUCAAAUGACCUUGCUCUCAAAAAGCCAAAUAAGACAAGUUCUGCUCUUGUAGGAUCAUAUUUUCCAAGCAUACCACAGGAAUUUAUUUGUCCUCUUACUGGAAAUAUCUUUGAGGAACCAGUGACCCUAGAGACUGGUCAAACCUUUGAAAGAGAGGCCAUCAAAGCAUGGUUUGAAAAGGGAAAUAGAACAUGCCCGGUAACAGGAAAUACUUUGGAAUGUGUGGUCAUGCCAUUUACCAACCUUAUUCUGAAGCGUUUGAUUGAUAAUUGGAAGUCAGAACGUUUUGAUUACCUCCUUGAUCUUGCUUCUCAAACAAUAGAGAAUUCAGAAGAGUUUAAGUUGAAUAAGAAGGAUGAGGCUGCCGUUUUCGUGUUAGUGAGUCUUCUCUCCUCUUUGAAAGAAGAGGAAAAAUCAACUUAUGCUAAGCAUCUCAUCUCUUUAGGAGUUCUUCCAUUUCUCUUUAGGAGGUUUGAAAAGGGAAAUGUGCAAGAAAAAUCACAUGUGGUAUCACUCUUGCUAAAUUGUAUUCAAGUGGACCCUGGUUGCAUAUAUAUGAUAGCAAGGAGUGUUAACAGAAAAUGUCUACUCGAGCUUCUUCACAGCAAGGAAGAUACCCCAACAACAAAUGCAAUACGAUUCCUUACUGGACUUUUAUCAAUGAAGAGGAGAAAGGAUUUUACUUCAUUCAUUAGUCGCUUGGCGGGUGAAAAAGUAUUUAAUAUAAUGCAUAUUCUGCUCAUGUAUCUCAAGAAUUCUUCAUUUGAAAAGCCCCUAAUUGCUGUUCUUUUGUUACACUUUGAUCUGCUGAUUGAGCCUCAAAAGUUUAGCAUAUACAGAGAGGUGGCUGUGAAUGGCAUUGCAGAGGCACUUGAUGCCAGCUUAAAUGAUGACAAGUCCCGAGAGAAGUGUUGCAGAGCACUUUUAAUCUUGUGCGGCCAUUUUUCUUCUACUGGAAAGAUACCAACCAAGACUAGCAUCUUAAAACAAGCAGGUUAUAAUAAUGAUAGCUUAGAAGGGAAACCUCUUGGCCAUGAAGAAGAGGGUAAACAGUCAGAUGCAACCAUUUCAUGGGAAGAUGAAGAUGAAGAAAAAAGGGGUGAAGAGUUGCUAAAGAACCUGUUAAAGUCGUUGAUUGGUGAUGGAGAAAGCCCAUUUUUGAAGAGCAUAUAUAGAUGUUUAGAUUGUAAGCACCUAGAAUUAGUGAGGACGUGUCUAAUAACUGUGACGUGGUUGAGCUCCUCAUUAUCUACAUUAUUUGGUUCUGGAUUGCAUCUUCCUGCCUUCUUAUCCAUCAUUUCUCAGUUGAAAGGAAUCCUCGAAAAUGGAGAACUUGAGCUGAAGACUCUUGCUUCUUUGUCUUUGCUUAAUUUCAGUAAAAUAUCAGAAUGCAGAACGCUUUUGAAGACUAUGGCAGAUGAUAUUGCUCCCCUUCUUCAUGGACUUGUUGAAGUAACAUGGACUGCAAAGCAGCUGCAUGCCAUUGUGUCUAGGGAGAAUUUGUAGUAUUUAGGAAACAUAUCUUUGUCUCCUCAUUUCUGGACUUCCAAUUUUGAUGUUGACCAAUAGAAAAUUUAUGCUGCUUAUAUAUGAAAAACCCUGGCGUAGACUGUGUUUUCUAAAAAGAAAGUACUUUAAUAUUGUACAUUUUUGUCUAGAAAAAAAAUGUAAAUUGAUCUCAUUAACUUCUUUAUGUCUUACCAGGUGAAUAACUGUAGGAUUUGUGUCGUUGUCUGGGAUUGAAAAUUUCCAAAAGGUUGUGAUAUGUUUCACUCCUUAGCGUUGGAUUGGUACAUUAGUU